CGUUUACUCGCCUGACUUAAAAAGACUAGACUACCCCUCCGUCCAAGGAACCUUCCGAUCUAUAGGACUUGCUUGAGGCAGAUCGGGGCCGGUAAUGGCCGAUUCGAGGACUCUAGGGUUCAUCUGAGUUCAAGGAGUCGGAGGCGAGACCUCAAUCCAUGGCGGAAUCGACCUCCCAGUCCUCGGACCCGGCGAAGGGGGAGGAGCUCCGGGAUCUGGUGCAGCGGUUCAUGGCGUCGCUCGCGGAGUUCUCCCGGCGCCUCCCCUUUGAUGUCGAUCUCCAGAAACUUUGUUCUAUCACAACACUCGCUGCUCUUGCUAUUACACUAGCUUUUGCAUGGAAGCUUUUGAGAACACCCCCAGAGCAACAACGAAGGCAACGCAGACGACCCUCCUCAUCACCUAAUCUUUCUAUUAACAACUUACAUUCUGAUACAAGCCUGCGAUCCUCUGAAGUUUGCUCUUCGUCUGGAGAUUCAAGAGCACAAUGUGCAGUGAAUGAGUUCUUCCAGCCACUAGAGCUAGCUCUGGAGCAGCUUGUGAGGCGUAAGUUGAAUGAGGGACGAAAGGUAACAUGCCGGUUACUCGGUGUAGUUCUUGAUGAAACAACUCCAGAGGAGCUCCAGAAACAAGCAACAGUAAGGUCAUCCGUGCUGGAAGUGCUUUUGCAGAUCGCAAAAUUUUGUGAUGUUUAUCUCAUGGAAAGAGUUCUUGAUGAUGAAAGUGGGGAAAGGGUUCUUUCAGCACUAGAUGAUUCUGGGGUCUUCACAGCUGGUGGUUUGAUAAGAGAUAAGGUUCUUUUCUGUGGCACUGAGAAUGGGCGCAUAUCUUUUGUUCGGCAAUUGGAACCUGAUUGGCAUGUUGAUACAAAUGCUGAAAUUAUACACCAAUUAACUAGGUUCAUUAAGUAUCUACUUCAUGUUACACCGGACAGACCACAAAAUACUGCUUCUAAUGUGUUCAUUUCGACAAGUUUGGAGCAGUUCUUUGGUGAUCUAGAUCAAAGAUAAGAUCAUUAUUCUGUGGCCUUAUGCUGUUGUCAAUUGCUACCUCGUGGAUGUUAUAUUUGGAAGCUGCAGGUUGUUUAUCAGGUUUUAUUGACUGUUCUGUGCAGAUGAAAGCCCCCAUCAGGUUCUGUACUUGUUUAAUGCUAUUGUGGAGCUGCAUGUUGUUCAAGAUUGUCCAUUGAAUGCAGGGCUUAAUUUUCUUCAAUGAUUUAGCUAAUGUUGGAUGUCAUAAAGGGUGUAAAUAUAGACAUGAGAAUGAUACUUUGUGGCCUCAUAUCCAUCUAUAUUUGUAAGAGUUCUCCACCCAUGACUUUCCAUGUCCUGCAAGUUACUAACGAGGAUGUUUUUUAAACAAUGUUGCCAAUCCAUAUUGAUGCACUUGUUUAUGUAUCAUAGUUGCAACAUUUGAGAA